UGGCAAGAUCGCUGAAAGAUGGAGCUGGGCUUAAUGUCGCUCUAGUGACAACAGCUCCCCUUCUGUAAGCUACUGUAGCCAGAGGGAAAGCUCACGUUAAGAAAUAAAGAUUUAUGUUUUGUUCUACUGUGUCACUCAGACAGUUUAAUUUUGCUCGGAUUUAAACUGAUUUAAUCUUCAAUUAUGAAGUGACGAGUCGCUUAGAUUGUGCUCUGUUUUGGUGGAGCUUGAAUGGGAAUGAGAAUAAUGAAAUGAAUGGGCUCUGCGGGGAAGGGAGACCUGUGAGCUGCAAAUGCUGGUCUCUACGGAGGUUUUGUCUGUUAAUCGCUGCGUUUGAAAGGCAAGAAAGGAUUUUACUAUGGUUCUCCAUUUGGCCAGCACUGGCUGCGCGCUGUAACCCGAAGUGCUCCACUGUUUUGUCCGUGGCGAGCUGCCGUGGCAAUGGGAGACAGUAUGUCGAAAAGACUGAAGCUGGUGGCAGGUGCGGAGGCAGAGAUGGAGGAACGCGCUUUCGCAAACCCUUACCCGGACUGGGAUCAGGGAGUCUUCGCCUCCGGCACUGCGGGAGCGGACAGUGAGUGCAGUGAGCACUUUGAUGCUAGCGGGAAGGUCAGUGCCAGCUUUCAGAAGAAAGUCCAGAGCAAGAUUACAGACCUCCUGCAGCAGAUGGAGGAGGGCCUAAAGACAGCUGACCCGCAUGACUUCUCCACUUAUACUGGCUGGACAGGCAUAGCUCUUCUCUACCUGCAGCUGCACCGUGUGACCCAGGAGCAGUCCCAUCUGCAGCGUGCACUGGACUAUCUGAAAAGAACCCUGCGCAAUCUCAAUGGCCGGAGGGUGACUUUCCUGUGUGGCGAUGCUGGGCCACUCGCUGUGGGGGCAGUGGUGCACCACAAGCUGAAGAACGAGGCAGAGUCCAAGGAGUGCAUCACUAAGCUGCUCCAGCUGCAGCGCAGUGUGGUCAUCUCUGACUCAGACCUGCCUGACGAGCUGCUGUAUGGCCGGUCAGGGUACCUGUAUGCACUACUCUAUGUCAACACUGAGAUCGGGCCCGAGACUGUGCCUGCUUCCACCAUCUCGGAGGUUGUUGAAACCCUUCUUGAAUCUGGGAAGAAUAUGUCGAAAGAAGAGAAGAAAAUGGAUCGCUGUCCCCUCCUGUAUCAGUGGCAUCGGAAGCAGUACGUUGGUGCUGCGCAUGGUCUGGCUGGCAUCUACUACAUGCUAAUGCAGCCAGGAGUGAAGGUCAGUCAGGAAAUGCUGACAGAGUUGGUGAAGCCCAGCAUUGACUACGUACGCCAUAAAAAGUUCAGAUCUGGAAACUACCCAUCAUCCCUUAGUAAUGAAACUGACCGUCUGGUCCACUGGUGCCAUGGGGCUCCUGGAGUGAUCCACAUGCUGAUACAAGCUUACAUGGUCUUCAAGGAGGAGAAGUACCUGAAGGAUGCGGUGGAGUGCGGGGAGGUCAUCUGGCAGAGGGGCUUGCUGCGCAAGGGCUAUGGUAUCUGCCAUGGGACUGCAGGCAACGGCUACUCCUUCCUCUCUCUCUACAAGCUGACGCAGGAGAAGAAGUACCUGUACCGAGCCUGCAAGUUUGCAGAGUGGUGUUUAGACUAUGGAACACAUGGAUGCCGUAUCCCAGACAGACCUUACUCUCUGUUUGAAGGUAUGGCAGGAGCAAUUCACUAUCUAUCUGAUGUGUUAAUGCCAGAAACAUCUCGUUUUCCAGCCUUUGAACUUUAACCCCUGAGGCCAGGGAACUAAUUUUUCAUUGUAAAGUACGGGCCAGCACAGUGCGUGUUUGCAGCAAAGCUUCCGGACAACUGAGCACCUCAAACACCACCUCCCAAAGCAAAACGCUGUGCUUCUUCUUUUGGAUACAAAGGCAUGGACACAGAAGACUUCAGUCUUUAACUCAGCUUUCCUAGAGGUCCUUGUAGCUUGGAAAUUUAACCUCAGCCACUUGCAAGCAUUAAGUAUGAAUCUUUAGCAUAUGCAUGUUUCUUCCAGCGUUGUCAAUGGAUAUCUUGUUUCUGUUCAUUUUGAGUCCCUUUGUAUGACACGCUCACCUUGGUCUCUUGGUCUCUGUCGUUCCGUCUUUCUGUGCAUGGGGAAAGCAAACUGCGGGCAAUAGAUCCUGCCAGUGUAAGAACAUUGCGGAAAAUAAACUUUUUUUUGCAACAAUAAUGUACAAAAUAACUCAAGGUAGUCAUUGGUGUUUGUUAGUAGAUCUGAUGUUGGUUUUCAUUUGAGUUUCAGGCACUGAGUAAAAAGUAAUGAAAUAAUUUAACUUUAUGGUUGGUUGUUUUCUUUAGGAGCUGGGGGAAAAAUUCAAGUUUGACAUCUGUAGUGCCACAUAUAGAGAUAUACAGAUAAAUUAGCCUGUUUUUGGUUUUGUAGUCUUCUUGGAUAUAGUUACACUCUUCACAAAGCUGCCGUAGAUGUUUAACAUUAUUGUUAAAAUAUGUAUACAGUACGUACUGUAUAUGCACAUUGAACAACUGAUCUCCAUGCUUCCUGAGCUCCUUCACUAAGCUUCAUGAUCACUUUAUGCAAAGUUCUGCAUAUCAUUCAGUCAUCUAACGUCCUGGGACAAUACCAGGAAUGUCAAUUAUCAAUAUGAUGAUUGAUUAUUUAUGAAAUAAUUAUUAUUUUAAAUUCAAGCUUUAUUGUCCCCUAGGAGAAAUUUGUUUAAUUUAAUUAAUCGGGUUCCUGAGAUUUGCAUUAAAUUCUCAGUAAAAAUAACACAGCGACAUCUUUGAGAAUAACAUUUGAAUGUAAGUUCUAAGAAUUUAUAAGCACUACCAUAAGAACGUAUUGGUAUUCCAGGCCUAAAAACUCAGUUUUUAAAAAAGUCAGUUUUAACAACCUUGAACUGACAUUCAUCUAAUUUUUUUUUCUGUCUUUCAAGAGGAAAUUUAAAAGUUGACAAGAGAACAUUUUUAUUAAUAUCAGAUGAUUAAAACUACAGUUUAACAGUCAGAAUUUCCUGGUGAGUAUAUACUGUAUGGACAACCAGCAACUCUGUUUUAUGAGAAUGUUUUGCACAGAGCUGGCCAAAGUCAAACUUCCACCUCCCGCACAGACCUUUAUUUGAUGACAAUGGGCCCACUACACAUUCUGUAUAAAUAAGGUGUGCUGUUAGUGUCUAUAGCAUUAAUGAGCAUACUGUAAACAGCUUAUUUUUAGAUUGUAUUUUAAAAAAUUAGCUAGUUACCCAGAUCUGUUUUGUACCAACCACAGAAACAUUUCGGCAUGGCCUUGCUCUCUGCCUUUUUAUUAACAAAAUGAUUUUGUGUUGAUGAGACUGGAUUUAGCUGUCGCAUGUUAAAAACUCACUGUUUUUCUGUACCUCUUGCUAAGGGUUUUGUUGGCAUGGUGUUCUUGCUCCAUGUUGUAUUUUGUUGAAUCCCUGAUCCCCGUGUUCUGGAGUCAGUAUGUUUCUCAUGUAAUGAAGCUAUGAUGUCUUCCUCACACAGUUUGUCUUGCUUCUUGUUGGUUCUUCGGUGGUAUACUGCUGGUAUCAUUACUGUGCCUAUCAGUCUACUAAUCUCUGCUAAUGUCACAAAGGAUAUUUUCCUGCUGUGAAAAUGUGCUUAGUUGGAGUCAGUGUCUUGUACAGUAUGUCUUUGACCAAACAGGCUCUCAAGAUAAUCCUUAAUUGUUCCUACCUUUCUUGUUGUUACCAUUCAUCCCAGAUUAAAAAUUGAAAGCACAUCUCAACAGUUUAGCUUUAGCUAUAACUGCAUGCUAUCAUCUGCAUGUUUUGGGAUUUUGCAUGAAGCAAAAGCACACUUCCAAACAUCACACACAAAUUCUUUUAAAAGUGCAGUUAAUUGUAAAGUAAGCAUCACAAAUGUGAUUAAUAAUAAGUUUAUACGCAAAUUAUUUAGUAGACAUUCAUUUUUAUUUAAAGAUUUACUUGGCAAAUAUUCACUUCCAUUUGUUAGUUUCUCGCAGUACUGUGAAGCAUUUUCACAGUGUAUUCUGGAAAUGCUUGGUUGUCAUUUCUACAUCUGAAGGGGGUGGUAGGUUUUUUUAUAGCUUUGUUACUCAAUACUAAUGAACAAAUGCACAGAGCUUUCUGACUAGAUCUAUACAGUGUAUGUGUUAUUGUAAUGAGAACUAUAAGGCAAUUGUGUUUGCUCUUGAGUUAUUUUAGGUAUGAAGGUAUGAAAGAUAGUCUGCAGCAGUGAUAUUAAAAUGACUUGCAAUAGACAGUAAACAUCCCCGGGCUUAGUAAUAAUGAAUACUAGAUUUUGGUUAAUAAAAAUGUCUUACUGUACAAGCCCAGUUAAGACAAUGGGAAAGAGGGAGCAAAGUCUCACUCAUUUGACAGGAAAGGUGUGAUGUAUAAAUUGGGUAGUGAAUGCUACCAAAUUAAACGGUAAUAUCCCUAAACCAUGGUUCAGAGCAUCAAUAGAAUUAACUGCAUGAUUCAUCUUUCUGAAAGAUAAAGGGUCGACACUUCUGCAUACUGUAAAAAAGUAUCGCUUCCUGAUACAAGAAUGAUGUGGUUUUAGUGCUCCGUCAUUGGAAUCAUUUAAGCGAGCCAUAGCCAUGUUUUUUUGCCUAUCUUGUUCUACCAUCUAGUACCACAUCAAAACAUCAACCUAGUUUUCAGUUCUGAACACAGUCCGGCCUGUUUACCAGAGAUUAUGCGUCCAUAUGAGAUCAGCAAAUAUAAGGCUGAUCUCAUAUCUCAUAUUAUGCGUCCAUAUGAGAUCAGCAAAUAUAAGGCUUAAAAUGUGUGGUAGAUAGUUCACAAUUUUUCCUUAAUCUUUGCAGUAUCUUAAUUUGAAUUGACAGAAAAUGUGCUGGACUGUGUGAAUAAAUAGACUAAGACAUCUUGUGAACAGUUGAACCUUUAAAAGAACUAUCAGUUAUUAUUGUGUAUUGUGAAAUACAAAACAAAACACUCUUGGGAAGUUUGAGUGCAAGAUCUUUGUUUACAUAUAUUUUUCAUGAAAAGGCUCUUAGUGCAUUUACAUAAUAUAGUACAUACAGUAAAUGUUGCCUUGUAGUUCUUAAACUGUCAAGAAAUAAAUUUUCUUCAGGUGUACUUUGGGCAAAAUGAUAUCAAAUAGAGAAUGUUUUAAACAACAUUUUGUACUUUGUCGCAAAAUAUUAAAAUGACAUCAAAAUGUACAGUCAAUUCAGAAUUGGAAUUUCAAUGAAGAAAAAUGGAUUUGACAGCCAUUUAACAAUGCCAAGAAAAGGGCAUGUACUUAAUACUUAAUAUGUUGUAAACCAUUACAUAAUAUUGGCAAAAAUAGUAUUUUAAAAAAAUAAAGUAACCAGCUUACUGUCAUUAAGAUGCCAGUACUGUCAACCAGAUGCCUGUCACUAAGUGCCAAAUACAGAAAUAAUCUAGGGAAGAGUUUUCUGUUGUGUAUUGUUGCUGUGAGUGUACUGUUUCGUCUUUAACAGAAUGACAUGUUGUAACACUGUUCAGAGUUUAGGUCUUCAGUGUCAACUGUAUGACAAAAAUAUGUUAAAGUGAGGCUCUGUCACAUGCUUUCCUUUCUUGUCACCUGUGCUGUAAACGAUAAAAAUUAAAUGACAAAAUUAUAAUUGCUUUAUACAAACCAUUUCCAAAUAAAAUGUAAACCCAUUGUAAA